ACUACAUACCAAUCCUCUUCACUUUAAAUCUAACCAACUAGAGUUCAAUAAUGGGACUCUUAAUGGCCAUACAAAAAUACAUAUGAGGCUUAGGUUCCACCAUUUUUAUGGCUCUUCAUGGAAGUUUUUGAAGUUGCUUGGAGCUUGUGGGCAGAUUUACCUGCAGGCCUGUUGUUAUGAGCAGAUCUUCGUGUCAUGGACGGUGCGCAGGUUUAUCCCGAAGCGAAGCGAGGGUUUCGUUCUAGUUUAAAAUUAAUUUGUGACGGAGAGGAAAGCAACACACCGGCUGCUCAGAAGGGUUCCCGUUUUUUUUUAUGCAGGUUAUUCGAAUUUAGAAAUGUUGUCAACAUGUAGCUGUCUUGCUCAUUGGCGUCCGAUCAGAAUCAGCUCACUCUCGCCUCUACUUUGCUGCUCAAACAACGACAACGAUGACUCAUUUUCCAAACCCAGCCAGUUUGCUUAUGAUCCAUCCCGAGUGUUACUUAGGCUUGAAGCUGAGAUUAAACCAAGGAAUGGUACAAUUGAUAAACCAAAAUCUUGGUUUGGUCCUAAUGGUCAAUAUAUAAAAGAGCUUCCUUGCCCAAGUUGUAGAGGGAGAGGUUACACUCUUUGUACUGAAUGUGGAAUUCAAGGAUCAAGAUUGGAUUGUUCUCAAUGUAAUGGCAAGGGGAUAAUCACUUGUCGUGGUUGCUUAGGGGAACGUGUUAUAUGGGAAGAGUCAAUUGACGAGCAACCAUGGGAGAAAGCCCGUUCAGUUUCUCCACUCAAAGUUAAGGAGGAUGAUGAAGUAGACAAUUUAGAAAUAAAGCUAGACAUGAAGAAAAAAUCGAAACGCGUGUACCAGUCGCCUCCUCCUGAAGUUGGACAAAAGAUCAGUCGAUCACUAAAAAGUCUCAAUGCCAAAACCGGACUAUUCAGUAAGAGAAUGAAGAUUAUUCAUCGCAACCCUAUUCUUCAUGCACAGCGGGUGGCUGCAAUAAAGAAAGCCAAAGGAACUGCUGCCGCAAGAAAACAUGCUUCCGAAACUUUAAAAGCUUUCUUUAGUGAUCCAGAAAACCGCCACAAAAGAAGCAUUGCUAUGAAAGGAGUGAAAUUUUACUGCGGUAACUGUGGACGCGAAGGACAUAGGACAUUCUACUGUCCAGAGUUUAAGGAUAGUUCCAUAGACAGGCGAUUUAGAUGUCGGUUAUGUGGGGUGAAGGGUCAUAACAAAAGAACAUGCCCAAAGUCAAGAACGGCAAAUCAGGAAAGCAUAGUUCAGAGGCACCAUCGCUGCAAGAUUUGUCACCAAAGUGGCCAUAAUCACAGGACAUGCCCAAAGUUAAUGACUAGCAAUCCAAAAAGAACAGUUAGAAAGCGGAGGCCCCAGUGCAGGAUUUGUCAUAAAAGUGGCCAUAAUCGCAAGACAUGCCCUGAACUGAAUCUAGAUGGAUCAAAAUUAGUUGGUAGCCAUACAUCUGGAAGCAAAAUAUACACCUGCAGUUUGUGCAAAGGAAAAGGACACAAUGUGAGGACAUGUCCUAAUAGAAAAACAGGGCCUGCAAUUACUGCUGGGACAUCAUAAGACAUUUUGAUAGAUUUUUUCCUCUCUUUUAGUUCUGUGUUUGGCUCUUUAAAGUUGCAUUCUAGAUAAACUAUCGAUCCAUAAGAAAUUCUUGUAUAAGCCAGGUUUAUCCAUAAUCGAGCGAACUCCGUCAAAACGGUGACAUAUGGUCAGGUUUUAUUGACAAUAUGCACUUGUUCAUAUAUGUAAUAUAAGACCGAGGGUUGGUUGUUACAGAGAAAAUAUAAGAAACUGUUGAUAGGUA